AUGCCUUAUCCCUUCCCGACACGAUCCCCAUUUCCCUGGAACAAAGCCUCCCUCCCGAAAAUCCUAGCGCGCGAUCGAGACGGCGCUCUCCUCGCCGACGACGUCAUCAACGAAGCCAUGAUGGCCAACCCUGUCAUCCCCAACUUCAACGUCACCCAGCGCGACCGCUGGGCUCGCUUGGGCUUCGCCCCGCUGAGUCCAUCGGUUGGAGAUCUUCAACAGGCUUUCGCCCUCGAGGAUCCCAAUGGGUCGGCCCUCGGGAGCCUUCUCGAUGCCACUAUGUUCAUGUUCGGUGCACCAGGUCACGUCAAGCGCUGGGUGGAGAACUUGCUGCUUCUUAUUACCUUGGUCUCUCGCCACCCUUGA